ACCUGUUCCUGAAAUUAACAUUUCAGUCCAUCCUCCCGAGCAGCACCAACCCACCCCUUCCUGCUGGCUUUGUGCUAAGUCGCAGUAGUGUGACAUGCAGCAGCACACUGAGGCAGAGAGAGAGAGAGACAGAGCGAAGAGUGGGUGGCAGCGAAUGAUCGCGUUUAUUUCUCAGAAGUUGAAUGCACCCGAAUAAAACAAAUAACCCACCCAGUGUGAGGAAGCAACGAGACGCUCCUGUGUGCAACUGAGCACACACUGCACUUUCAUUCACCACACGAGCUGCGCUGCGAUGGCUUCCGAGGGUGACUCCAAGCGUGUGCUCCAUCGGGUGAAGGACACCCUCAAAAUCGAUGGCCCUGAUCCCUCCAUCACCGACCUGCUGGACUUCUACCUCAACAACACCAACAUGCACGGCAUGCGCCGAAUCGCCGUCUCCAAAGGCCCCAUCAAGAAGACGAUUUGGAUCGUGUUCUCGCUCAUCGCAGUGGCGAUGGUGUUCUGGCAGGGCAUCCAACUCAUACAGAGCUUCUACUCCAUCGCCGUGUCGGUGACGAUCAACUACCAGAAGUUGCCCUUUCCAGCCAUCACCGUCUGCAGCCUCAAUCCCUACAAAUACAAUCAGUCCCAGGCUCUGCUGGAGAAGCUGGACAGGAACACCGCCGUGGCUCUGCACAACAUCGGCAUCGCGGUGACGAACCUCAGCGCGGCGAAGCGGGACGACGAGCCGCUGCCCAUACCGCUGGUGUGGCUGGACACCACAGUCACCAAUCAAACCGUGGUCACCGAUGUGAUCAGUGGCAAAUUCCAUGUCGUCCCAGGCGAGGUGGAAAUGAGGUCGUACUUCAGCCAAAAUUAUCAGUCGUCCGAACCUCUCAUCGCCAUUGAAGUGUGUGGAGAAGAGAGAAAAUGUAUCUACAAUGCCUUCACGUCUGCCAUUGAUGCUGUAAUACAGUGGUACCGCCUGCACUUCAUCAACAUCAUGGCCAUUGUGCCCGAGAAGGACAAGGACAAGCUUGGGUAUAGUGCGGAUGAGUUCAUUAUCGAUUGCCUCUUCAGCGGAACUGUUUGCGAUCCCAGCACAAGCUUCAAGAAGUUACAACAUCCAAUCUUGGGAAAUUGUUUCACUUUCAAUGACGGAAGCGAUGGGAAAAGUUUGGACAUCGCCUCCGCCGGCAUUGACUACGGGCUGCACAUGGUUCUUAACACGAGGCAGGACAAUUCCCUACCCUACCUGGCCAUGGGGGCCGGUGCCAAGAUUGGCAUCCACCUGCAGAAUACAACUCCCUUCAUCGAGGCCGUGGGGAUCGACAUCCCCCCAGCCAUGGAGUCUUCCCUGGGACUUCGAGUGAACGAUGUCCAAAAACUCGGUGACCCUUACAGCGACUGCACAAUGGACGGAAGUGACAUCGAUGUAAAAAGCCUCUACGACAGCCCAUACUCGGUGCAAACCUGCCAGAACUCGUGCUUUCAGUGGGAGAUGAUCAAAAGCUGUGGCUGUGCCAAUUACGAGCAACCGCUGCCUGAAGGAUCUCGCUUCUGCAACUACGACAACAACCCAGGCUGGGAGUACUGUUACUACCGCCUAUACGACAUGUACAUUAAAGAGGAGCUCAAGUGCAUUCAAGUCUGCCGGCAAAUUUGCUCGGAGACGGAGCAUGAGGUAACUUUGAGCCUAGCUGACUGGCCGUCCAAAGCAUCGAAGGGGUGGCUGUUGCGCGCCCUUUCUAAAGAGCAAGGACUGCCGGCCAACGACACACUGAAGCCGAGCGACAUUGCCAUUGUCAACAUUUACUUCAAAGAUCUCACCCAGAAGACCAUUUCAGAAUCUCCAGCGAGCAGCAUCGUGACAUUGCUCUCCAACCUCGGCGGGCUUCUGGGGCUCUGGCUGAGCUGCUCAAUGCUGUGCGUCGUCGAGGUGCUGGAGAUCUUCUGCGUCGACUUCCCGUGGAUCCUCUUGAAGAAGCUGCUCACGACGUGCAGCAGCGCGUUCGCGUCCCUCGUCCGCGGCCCCGACCCCGCGCCAUCCGUCCACUUCCCCGUUCAGUUGCCCGUGGGUGGCAGCCCGGCGGAGGACCCGCCCACCUUCCACACGGCGAUGCAGUGCCCGCGCGAGCCCAUUCCGAUGCCCAACACGCCGCCGCCCCAGUACAACACCCUGCGCUUGCGCCAAAUCGCCGGCUACGUCCCCGACGGGGGCAGCGACGGAGAGGAUUAGCGCGGAAGCCGCCGUCGGCGCUCAUGCCGGGGGUCGAUCGGGAAUUGCCGUCGUUAAAAGCUCACUGGCGUGGGAAAUACGUGGAAGUGAAUAUAAGCAGAACUCUCUUCUGUGUCUCCGCAUGAGAGUAAAAAUAAGUUUUAGUUCGACAGCCUAUUGGCUUUCCAGGUAAAUAGCAUCGAGCAUUUGCUGGACCAGUUUUGACCUUCCGGGUCUCAUCAGCGGAUUUAAGAUUUUCUAUAUGAUGUCAGAUUAAAAGAUCUCAUGACAAAAGCACGUCAUAUAAACAAUGGGAUCCCAUUCAAUGCAAAAGGCUGCAAAAAGCAAUGCGCUUUUGUCCGGAAAUUACGGAGCAGGAUAAUGUUUUAGUCAUUGUGCCUUUGAAAGAAAGACUUUCCUGAAACCUUAGCCUACUGUAUAGGGUGUACAAAAAUAUAUACUCCAUUUUAAUGCAAACUAAUUCGGCAGCAUUUUGAAAGGCGUGGUUGAAAUUUUGCCAAAAUGUUCCCUUAAACCAUUGACCUUCAGGAGUGCAGAAUGGUUCAACCAUUCAAAACUAUCAACACCUGAAAAUCUCUCAAUCCUACGACAUGUCCUGCCAAACGCCACGGCGGACAUGUGGAGGUUUAACAAUGUUACCCAUGAGAUCAAAUCUUCAUACCACAGUCCCAAGUUUGUGGGUGUGGAGUUUCACAGUUUUAGCUCAAAACUGUAGUCUAAUUAUCAUGUAUUACCUCAUGGAUGGAACAUUUUAGGGACACCCUGGAUACUCGCCUGUGUUGAAAUAAAUGGUGAUAAGUUUAACACGUAGUCAGAUUUGGCACGGUACAUGAAAUACAGAAAUUAAUAUUUGGUACAAAAGGUGUAUUACCGGAGCCAUCAACAGAAGGUGUGUGUAGGAUUAACUGUACUUGUGGUAAAUGGUUUGUUGUGCAAACAGGACCAAUGAUCAGCACGAGACUAAAAGAACAUCAGAGAAAUAUAAAAUACUCCUAAAUGCAACUGUCAGCAGUAGCAGAACACGCGUGCCAACAAGGACACUCAAUUGAUUUUGAUAAU